AAACCGGCGGCUGGAUCAGGAGAUCGAAUAUUCCCUGCCCCUUUAAACGCGCUUGAAUGACACCCCUUGUUAGGGUUUGGGGCCAUUCGCCAAAGGGGAAGAGUGAAGGACGCGCAGCGGCUCGGCGGCGCCAGGGCUCCCUCUUUUCUCUCCGCGAAGAUCCGGAGGACCAAUUCGCGCUAGGCGCUCGCCGCUCCAUCUCCAUCUGAUUGUUUUGUUCUAGGGUUCUAGGAGAUUCUUUUGUUGCCUUAGAUCGCUCCAGGAUCUCUGCUGUGUUUCAUUCUUUUUCGUUCCAUUCUCUAAGAAAAAAAAGAAAAAAAAAAAAAGGCUAUGGCUGUUUAUUACAAGUUUAAGAGUGCCAAAGACUACAGCGCUGUUCCUGUUGAGGGCCCCUUUCUAUCCAUUCUCCAGCUCAAGGAGAGGAUUGUUGACAAGAUGAGGCUCGAAAGGCCUCCAGAUUUUGAUCUCUUGAUUUCCAAUUCCCAAACUAACGAAGAGUAUGCCGACGAAGGAUUUCUCGUGCCCAAGAACACGUCGGUACUGGUUCGUCGCGUUCCAGGGACUUUUCGAGUUCGAGUUCCCGUCAUCACGGAGCCCAAGCCAGAGCCCAAAGUUGUGGAGGAACUCUUGAGCAAGGUGGAAAAUCCUGUCAAGACGACCACUUCCGAUUGGAGCGAUGAUUUUGGUGUCGACUUAUACGAGGACCCGCAAACUUCAAAGGCCCAACAAGUUCCGCAAGCUACUGUUCCUGUGGCUGAUGCUGCGGCUAAAGCCGAGGAAGAGGCAAAGAUCAAAGCGUUUUGCGACGCGUCGGCCUCCGAGUGGCAAAGGCAAACACAGCAAGCUUUUGUGGGAGGCAGAGGUCGUGGUGGCGGCGGACGAGGAAUGGGAAGAGGCACGGGCUUCAUGAGAAAAACUCCUCCGGAUGGUUAUGUUUGUCAUCGGUGCAAUGAACCAGGCCAUUACAUCCAGCAUUGUCCUACAAACAAGGAUCCCUCGUACAACAUUAAGAGAGUCAAGCUUCCUACUGGCAUUCCCAGAACUAUGCUUGUAGCGAACCCCGAUGGCUCUUAUGCGAUGCCGAAUGGAGAGAUCGCUGUUUUGCGGCCAAACGAAGAGCUUUUCGAGAAAGAAGUGGUUUCACUAACGUCAAAUAAAGUUGUGAACGAGGUUCCUCCGGAACUCCGCUGCCCCUUGUGCAAGGACGUUCUUAAGGACGCCGUGUUGACGAGUAAAUGCUGCUUCAAGAGCUACUGUGACAGAUGCAUCCGAAAUGAGAUCAUUUCCAAAGGCAAAUGCGUCUGUGGAGCGACACAUGUGCUUGCCGACGACCUCCUUCCAAACAAGACAUUACGUGAUGCGAUCGAGAGGCUUCUGGAAUCAAACGCGGCCACGAGCAGCACCGAGAAUCAUGGCAGCAAGGUUAUUCUUCCUGAUAUGGAGUCAGUGUUGCCUCUAGCAAAAGCAGCCUCUCCUGUUCUAUCGGCCUCAGUGAAAGAUCAAUCGCAGACCUUGGAAAAGGCUGUUACGACGGAGGUGAAGGAUGCCCCUCAUAAAACUCCGGCUCCGGAAGCUACUUCGCAAGGUGACGAGGCAGAGGUGGAGUCGGCCAGCUUGAAAGACGCUCCUCCGGAUGGAAAUACCAACGAAGAAGGAAAUCCGGGUCAGCAAGCGAAGAAGAACAAGCCGAAGCGAGUGCGCCCGCCAAAGCAGACUCCUCUAGGCCAGCAAAUGCCGUGGAUGCCUGACGGAAUUGGACCUUACGGAGCUCCUUUCUGGGCCCCUCAUCCAAUCGGAGAUGGUUUUAUGAUGCCUUACGGAGGGCCUUACAAUGGUGGCUAUGGAGUUCCAUUCGACGUCCCGUUUAAUGGACCUCCUUUGCUGCCGGAUCCAUAUGCUUACGCGGGAAUGGUUCCGCCACCUUUUCCUCAAAGAGACUUUGCUGAGUAUCCGCCAUACGGAAAGUAUCCUCCGAUGAGUUGCGAGGAAUUCGAGGCCAAGAAGGCGGAAGCGUGGAGAAAGCACGAGCAUCAAAAGAGCAGGGAUCAAAACGGGGAGGACAGUUCCUCGAGGAAGCGCCGGAGCGAGGAGUACGAUUACAGGGAAAGAGAUUCGGAGCGCAGAGAUACCAGCAGGGAUAGAAGGUCGAGCCACCAUGAAGGUCACAGCAACGCAGGCGAAAGACACAAGCCAUCGUCGGUUCGAGAUCGAAAGCGAGAGCAAGAUCGCGAUCGAGGCGAGAGUUACAGGUCGAGAAGUACUUACAAAUCAUCCUUGUCUCGCGAGGAAUCAAAGCGCAGGAGAGGAGAGGAGGAGCCAUUGCCUUCGUCGAGGAGAGUGUCGGUGUUUCUAAGGGUGAAGCAGGAGGAGCAAGAGCGCAGUAGAAGCCAUGAAAGCCACCAUCGCCACCACCACCGCCACCAUGUUGACACCACCACGGUGGAAAAAGAUAAUGAACCCGUGAAAAGUGUCUUUUCUAGGAUAGCUCCCAAGAUGUAAAAAGAAUGGAAAACGGUGUAAAUAAAAUGCGCGAAUAUUCUUUAAGAGAAA